GGCCAACGGUCGCUUUGUAAGCUGAUUAGCCUUCAGUUAGCUGCUUGACUUCGUGAGAGAGUGUUCAGCAAUUAAGCAGGCGUUAAAACUGAUACUACAGCUUUGGUGGUGAAGUUGGAGACUUAAAGGUUUCACAGUGGCGAAGGAUAUUCCGAUCGAGUCUGUGGGGCUCCGAAGCGGCAUCGGAAGCGCCUACCGCGGCAGUGCAUCAACCCAGAGGUUGUGGCUACAGGGUUAUCACGAGGCCGACGUUCGGCCGAUCUCAGUGGACGUGACGGCAACGGGCCAAGCGGCGACGGGGCGCUUCCGGCUGUACAUACGGUAAAAGGGCGCCUGCAGGUUUUGGGAAUCUUAGCGGAGACCGCCCACUCCAGACCUAGUCACAGGUGCUCCCCGAGUCUCCAUGUCUGCCGCCAAAGUCAUGGUGAAUAUCCAGCGUCGACGUCACAUCUGCUCUACGCAAACUGCCAGGUUCUCUGAUAGACCCGACGGAGAUACUUAGGCCAGAGCCUAUACAUGCAGGAAAACCGAUUGCCCUUUUCAGGGACUUCACCAUCGAUGUAAAUGAUCCCAUUAAGGAGAGGGUUCGCUUGCACUAUGACAGCAUGCAUAGGUAUCAGACGGUGGAAUUCGUCUUGGAACAACAUGAGAGGUGGCUGAAGUUCGACAAGCUUCAAGCAACUAUCAUGGAAGCUCUGGAGACACUGAGCACGAUGCUCGACCAGAGUGACCCGGACGUCGACUUCCCGAAUAUGCUGCACGCUUUUCAGACGGCAGAACGCAUCCGCCAGGACCAUCCAGACUGUGAAUGGUUUCAACUCACUGGUCUACUGCACGAUAUGGGAAAGAUACUCGCGCUGUACGGCGAGCCGCAGUGGGCCGUGACGGGAGACACCUUCCCGGUGGGCUGCGCCUGGGCCGAGUCCAUCGUCUACAGGGACUCCACAUUCCUGGAAAACCCCGACACUUACGACCCCAAGUACAACACCAAGUACGGGAUAUAUUCACCGCACUGUGGUCUGGACAACGUGCUGAUGGCGUGGGGACACGACGAAUACAUGUAUCGCGUUCUCAAGCACAACGACUCGAAGCUGCCGGAAGUGGCCCACAAAAUCAUCCGCUUCCACUCCUUCUACCCUUGGCACUCUGCUGGCGACUACAUGCACCUCUGCAACGAGGACGACAUGGAACUCUUGACUUGGGUCCUCGAAUUCAACAAGUACGACCUCUACACUAAGUGUGACAGAGUCCCAGAUCUGGACGAGGUGAUGCCCUACUACCAGCGCCUUAUUGACAAGUACAUCCCGGGCGUCCUCAACUGGUAGACCGUGCUCAAGAGUGCCAAACAACUUGUGUUCCCUGAGAUAUAAUUUCCAGCGCCCAUGACGGUCGUUUUACAUCAUUCAAACAUCAGGGGCACGUGUUUCUUUCUUUGCCUGACUGUGAUACUGUACUUUGAUUCUGUCUCCACGUUGAUGUCAUUAACGAUGUGAACUUCAUGAGUAGAUGAUAAGGUAAUUCUUCCAGUAAACUAAUUCUGCUUCUAAAGUUAUUAUUAAUAUUUUUACCGUUACAAACAAGCAUGGCCCUUACUGAAGUACCUCGAAGUUAAAUACGCUUCACGAGGAAAUAAAAUAUCAGUGAUCUCAUGAUUGUGAUGGGAUCUGUCUAUACCAAUUUAUUUUAAAUCGUAAUGUAUCAGAUGGAGAAAUUAAAGUGAUCUAAUUUUCAAA